AUGAAGACCGGUCGGAAGCUGUCACGCCCCAGUCGAGUGCAUGAUGCAGCACUCGAAAAGCAGUUUACGCUGGGCUAUGCAUUUACUGGCGUAGCUCUUGAUGCUUUGGCCAGAGGUGACAACGGUCUUUGGCUUCCGCUUGCCCGAUACCAGGCUCGCAGGGAGCUCAACCUUGCAGAUGUAGAGCCUGGCGAGGAUCCGCAGGCGAAGGACCUUGUGGCGUUCAGCCAAGGUUUCGUGAAGUCUGAAGCUGGCGAGGAGCUGGUCCAGGUCACAACUCGCGCCGUUGGGCAUGGCGACGCGAGACAAAACAUUUGGAUACUUCCGGUCUUCGUGGAUCACGAUCGCUCCUCACAUGCUGAGCGGCAGGCUUUGCUGGUGUUGCUCCAGGCCGCACCGAUCGACCCUGUCAGUGAGGGCGUGAAGAAGGGAGUCGUCGGCCAGAUGCGGGUGUUUGCCAGUCACACUCCAUGCAUUUCGUGUCUCUCUUCGAUGUGCCAGUUCACAAGAUGUUUUGAAGGCGCAGGCAUCUCUGUCACCUAUGACACGUGGAAGGAGACUCGACGCUGGAUCGGCCUGGAUCCGCCUGAUGAAAUCCCGUCCGAAGAUGAGGAGGAGAAGGCUUGA